AUUGCUUGAGCCUCGGUUGUGUGCACAUCGUAAAAAAUGGCGGACGGAGAAGCCAAAGUUGUGUUGAUAACUGGCUGCUCAAGUGGCAUUGGGCAUGCCACUGCACUUUUAUUGUCGAAGGAUCCUGACAGUAGAUUUAAGGUCUAUGCCACAAUGAGAAAUCUCGCAAAGAAGGAUGAACUAGAAAAAGCUGGCGAAGGGUUUAUUGGCAAGACACUUUUCAUCGAGAAGUUAGAUGUGUCCUGUGAAGAUGAUAUUAAUACGUUUGUGGACGAGUUGUUGGUCAAAGAGAAAAGAAUUGAUAUCUUAGUGAACAAUGCAGGAAUUGGAUGGUUUGGACCACUAGAAGAUCACCCAACUGAUAAUGCGAGAGCCAUUUUCAAUACCAAUGUUUUUGGACCUAUGAUGCUGAUUAAGAAGAUCUUACCCCAUUGGAAAGCACACAAUUAUGGGCAUGCUAUGGUUAUAUCAUCAAUUUGUGGCGUAGCUGCAUUUCCUUUCUCAGCAGUGAUUAAUGCCUCCAAGUUUGCAGUAGAAGGAUACUUUGAAAGUUUGGCAUUGGAGUGCAUGAACUUCAAAGGAAUCAAGAUUACAAUAAUUGAGCCUGGUCCAGUUGCAACAAAGUUUGGAGAAAACAAUGGUGUUCAGUAUAUGGAAGAACAUUACAAAAAUUCAGAUCCAGUGACUUCUCAAACCAUGAAAAAGAUGUUUGCUAAUGUUGGUCAGAUGUUCCAAAAUAAUGUCCAGUCAUCUGAUGAUGUUUCCAAAGUUAUACUUAAGGCAAUCACUGAAAGUAAUCCUCAUUUGAGGUAUUCAACUAACAGUUUUUUUGAUGAGACACUCAAAACGAGAUAUACAGACUUACAGGGUGACAAGGCUCUGCAAGCUUUAUGCCAGUUUUUUCAUGGAUGAUAAUUAAAAUUGUUAUUGUAACAUGGAUGGAUAAUUUAUAGAAACUGUAAUAAAAAGUUACGUUUUUAUUAAAAGAAAAUUAAAAUCAGUAAUUGUAGUUUUGUGAAGCAUUUAUAUGAAAUGGAAAAUCAUACAGAAA